CGGCACAACCAUUCCCUCCGUGGCCUCUUCCACCACCUCCUCUCUCUCCUAGCGCGCUGCAACCCUCGAAGAAUGAAGAAGAUGAUGCAUUGCGCUGCGGCGAUCCUACUGCUCUGCUCCGCCGUUCCUAUUGCCUUGGCCAUAACCGAUGGUCUGUUGCCAAAUGGGAACUUCGAGGCGAAGCCGAAGGCGUCGGACCUGAAUGGGACGCAGGUGAUGAGCCGCUACGCCAUCCCGCAGUGGGAGAUCUCCGGCUUCGUGGAGUACAUCGAGUCGGGGCACAAGCAGGGGGACAUGCUGCUGGUGGUGCCGGAGGGCGCGUACGCCGUCCGGCUAGGUAACGAGGCGUCCAUCAAGCAGAAGCUCAAGGUGGUUAAGGGCAUGUACUACUCCAUCACCUUCAGCGCCGCCCGCACCUGCGCCCAGGACGAGCGCCUCAACGUGUCGGUCACCCCCGACUCCGGCCUGCUCCCCAUCCAGACCACGUAUGGCAGCGACGGCUGGGACUCCUACGCCUGGGCCUUCCGCGCCACCUUGGAGGAGGUCCACCUCGUCAUCCACAAUCCCGGCGUCGAGGAGGACCCCGCCUGCGGCCCUCUCAUCGACUCCGUCGCCAUCAAAACCCUCUAUCCGCCAAAGCUCACCGGCGACAACUUGUUGAAGAACCGUGACUUCGAGGAAGGGCCAUAUGUGCUGCCCAACACCACCUGGGGCGUGCUGAUCCCGCCCAACAUCGAGGACGACCACUCCCCGCUGCCCGGAUGGACGGUGGAGUCCCUCAAGGCCGUCAAGUACAUCGACUCCGACCACUUCUCGGUGCCCCGGGGCAAGCGCGCCGUGGAGCUGGUGGCCGGGAAGGAGAGCGCCCUCGCCCAGGUGGCGCGCACCGUCCCGGGGAAGGUAUACGCGUUGGCCUUCUCCAUCGGCGACGCGGGCAACGGCUGCGUGGGGUCCAUGGUGGUGGAGGCGUUCGCGGGCCGCGGCACCGCGAAGAUCCCCUACGAGUCCAAGGGCACCGGCGGGUACAAGCGCGGGGUGCUCCGGUUCACGGCCGUGGCGGAGCGCACCCGCGUCGUGUUCUUCAGCACCUUCUACCACACGAAGGUCGACGGCUCGCUCUGCGGUCCUUCGCUGGACGACGUGUCCCUGUUGAGCGUCCGGAGCCCCGUGCGCCGGGACUGAACCACCGAGAAGGGCUUUUAAGUUAUUAAUGCCUCGAACCCUUCGACUUCCAUCCCUACCCGCUCAUCAUUAAUACCGGGAUUAUAUUCUGAUGCAUCAUCAUGUAAUCAAUCAACCCUAUAUGUGCUGCGAGUGAUCCAGUAAUUAUAUGAUCUGUGAUGUACUCCAAUUUUAACA